AAAAUUAAUUUCAAACAAAAAUGAACCCUUUAGGUAAUUGCUCAAAAUUGUUAAGAAGUUUGUCUAGACAAAAUUUUCAGGUGUUGAGAAGAUGUUUUGUAGAUAAACACGGAGACGAAGACAUAAAAUGGCAGUGGUCAGUGAGGGAAUCGCCCUGUCAGGAAUGCCACAAGUACGAGAAAAAAGGAUGGCUCAAGUUCUGGGGGAAAAAACAAACGGAAGAGUUAACAAAUCGUCAUAUAGAAAGAGUGCGCAAACCAAAGAUUUGGGAGUGGGAAUAUUACGAUUAUUUACUCCCACAAUGUAAGGAAAAACUAGCAGAAGAAAAGUUAGAAUACAAAACUCCUAGCACGAUUCCUUGCGGAGGACUUGGGACAAAAGAAUGCCAAGGCAAACAGAUACUCAUUCACUUAGAAGAUGAACACCGUUUCAAACAACAGUGCCAUGAGAAGUUUAAGUUUGAACUGAAGGAUUCGUUCGGUCUCAAGGAAGUUUGUGGGAAACUGAACGAUCUUAAAGGCGUAGAGGUUUCACAAUCAGAGGAAAAAGAGAAAGAGGACUUUUGUUGCUUGAACAACUUGAUUGACGAAAACAAAGAAAAGCAAGAAGAGGAAAGUAAAAACUCGCAAUGUGAUUACGAAAACAAAGAUAAGCAAGAAAAGAAAAGUAAAAACUCCCAAUGUGAUUAGAUUUAGAUUCCCAGAAUACAAGG